GUAUAUGCUUCAAGCAUCUCUCCAAUUAUCCCUCCCUCCUUUUUCUCCCUUUAAAACUCCUCCACUUUUUUUUACUCUCUCUCUCUCUAAUCACCUUCAUUUUCUCUCUCCUCAUCAACAAUGGCGGCAACUACUUCUUCACUCCAACACAGCAGCCAUGUUACCACCUCCUUCAAUCGAAAUUCUCUCUCCUCUUUCACUGAUCACAUUUCCACUUCUCUCAAUUUCAAGAAAAACCUACUUUCUCUCUCCUCUUCUCACUCUCUCUCCUCUUCCACUUCUUCGUCUUCGCAACAACUUCAUCUCACUCGCGUUUCGACGGCGCCGGUGGAGUACGCGUCGCCUGCGCCGGAAUUCGAUUUCGACAAAGAAAUCGCUCGACUGAGGAACUUGAGGUUGAAGCUUUCUAAGGCAGGGAAUGUCGAGAUGAAGCACCGAGUUGUUGACGGCGAUUCGCGAGUUAAUAAUUUUUUCAAUUCGAGCCGGAAUCGAUUUUCUAGGGUUUCGGAAUCGGUGGAAUUGGAUUCGUUUGAGAUGUAUUUGAUUAAAUGUGUUGUUGCGGCGGGGCAGGAGCAUGUGAUUAGUUAUGGAGUGGAGGAGGUGGAGGAGGAGGAGAGAGAAUUUGAGAGUUCUUCAAGGAGUUCGUUGAAGAAUGCGUUGUUUUCGUUGGCGGAGAUGAUUGAGAGCUGGGAUAUUGUGGGAAGUGGUGCAGGGAAUGGGAAGAUAGGGGUGAGUAAGUUAAUGGAGGAGGAAAUUAAAGCUUUGAAGAAGUUGUUGAAGACUUUGACUGAAUUGGAGAGGUUUUAUGAUUGCAUUGGUGGAAUUAUUGGAUACCAGAUAAGAGUGUUGGAGCUUCUUGCUGAGUCAGCUCAUGGGAAAAAUAUGAAUAGUUCUCAGCACAUGAAAGAGUCAAUGAAAUGCCAAUUUGUGGAAAUUCAUUCCCCUAAUGGUGUUGAUCUUCGUAAAGAUACAGAGUAUGCAUCACAAGCAGCUAUGUGGGGAAUUGAGGGUUUACCACACCUUGGUGAAAUUUAUCCUCUGGGUGGCUCUGCAGAUAGGCUUGGUUUCGUUGAUCCCGACACAGGUGAAUGCCUUCCUGCGGCUAUGCUCCCAUAUUGUGGACGCACUUUACUAGAAGGACUUAUUAGGGAUCUUCAGGCUAGAGAAUUUUUGUACUUCAAGCUAUAUGGAAAACAGUGCAUCACCCCUGUUGCCAUCAUGACAAGUGCUGCCAAAAACAACCAUGAACGCAUCAGUUCACUUUGUGAGAAACUUCAAUGGUUUGGAAGAGGUCGAUCAACAUUUCAACUAUUUGAACAGCCUCUUGUUCCAGCCAUCAAUGCUAUGGAUGGUGAGUGGCUGGUUUCUGAACCAUUUGCGCCAGUUUGCAAGCCUGGAGGUCAUGGGGUAAUAUGGAAGCUUGCUUAUGACAAGGGUGUCUUCCAAUGGUUUCACGAUCAUGGACGAACAGGUGCAACUGUUCGGCAAGUCAGUAAUGUUGUGGCUGCCACAGAUUUAACCCUACUGGCAUUGGCAGGAGUUGGUUUGCACCAUGGAAAGAAACUAGGUUUUGCAUCUUGUCAGAGAAUUCCUGGAGCUACUGAAGGAAUAAAUGUUCUAGUCGAAAAGAAGGAAGUUGGCGGGAAGUGGGCUUAUGGAUUUUCAUGCAUAGAGUACACCGAGUUUGAGAAAUUUGGGAUCCCAGGUUCUUCUUCAUCAAAGAGCUUGCUAUCUGAGUUCCCGGCCAAUACAAACAUUUUAUAUGUUGAUCUUCAUUCUGUGGAGCAAGUUGGAUCACGCAGUGAUGAGAGCAGUUUACCUGGAUUGGUUCUAAAUAUUAAGAAGCAAAUUGAAUACAUUGAUCAUUAUGGCGUCAAGCACAGUGUUUCUGGUGGCAGGCUGGAAUGUACAAUGCAAAAUAUUGCAGAUGACUUCUGCAAUACAUAUCCAUCUCGGUGUUAUGGAGUAAAAGAAGAUGUCCUGGAUACAUUUAUGGUGUAUAACGAAAGAAAAAAGGUCACUUCAUCUGCCAAGAAGAAAAGGAAACAAGGUGGCAUGUCUCUUCACCAGACUCCAGAUGGAGCAUUAUUGGAUAUUAUGAGGAAUGCCUAUGAUCUCCUUUCCUACUGCGAUAUCAAGAUUUCUGAAGUGGGUGGUAAUGAAAACUACAUCAAAUCUGGCCCUCCAUAUCUCAUCUUUUUGCAUCCUGCUUUGGGCCCUCUCUGGGAAGUCUCUAGGCAAAAGUUUCAUGGAGGUUCCAUCUCCAAAGGAUCAGAGUUGCAGAUUGAGAUUGCUGAGUUUUUCUGGAAAGAUGUUCAGCUUAAUGGCAGCUUGAUCAUUGUUGCUGAUAAUGUGAUGGGUGCUAUGAAGGCUGAUAAAAGUGGGGAACCUCUGUUAGAGUAUGGUCACAGAUGUGCAAGGUGUAAGUUGCAGAACGUCAGGGUGUUAAACAAAGGUAUUGACUGGGAAUCUGGACUAAACAUGUACUGGAGGCAUGAGGUGCAUCGGAACGAGUGUUUGAAGGUUAUGCUGCAUGGAAAUGCUGAAUUUGAGGCGAUUGAUGUUACUCUUGAGGGAAAUCAUGUAUUUGAGGUUCCUGAUGGUCACAGGUUGAAGAUUACAUCCACCAAUUCAGGUAUUUCCAAGCAAUUAGGCCCCAUAGAAGACUCGAAGAAGGAUAGUGGAAGCUGGUAUUGGAAAUACAAGAUGGAUGGAGCACAUGUGAAGUUAGAAAUGGUAGAAUUGUAAACCACUGACAGCAUUGUCACUUCAGCUCAUGUGAAUAAUUGUUCACAGAAGUACGCUGACCAAUCUUUUGCUAUAUCCUCUGAUUGGUUGAACAUAAGUUGAACCUUCACAAGGCAUUCUUUUCUAAUGUGCUAUAGAAGAGACUAGGAAGGCUCAAUUUUGCUCCUUUUCUUAUAUCUCUCACUCUCUUAUUGUCCAUGAUGUAGCUCCCGUUUGUACAUGAUAUGUAAUAUAUGAUAAAUAUUUGUAAAUUUGUUGUAUUAAUGAAGUAAUAUUAUUUGCUGUUAA